AGAAGAAGGGGGAGAGCCGGCGGGGCUGCGCGAUGGCCGUCCCCCGGAGCCGGGAGCGGAUCCUCUGCCUCUUCGACGUGGAUGGGACCCUCACUCCGCCUCGCCAGAGAAUUGAGUCAGAAGUAGCCGAGUUUCUGGAAGAGCUCCGUAAGAGAGUGAUGAUUGGUGUGGUGGGAGGCUCUGACUACACCAAGAUUGCAGAGCAACUGGGAGAAAGGGAUGAAGUCAUCAACAAGUUUGAUUAUGUCUUUGCGGAAAAUGGCACUGUGCAGUACAAGAAUGGACAACUAGUCUCCAAGCAGGCUAUCCAGGACCACCUUGGAGAGGAACUUCUACAGGAACUGAUCAACUUCUGUCUCAACUACAUAGCACUACUAAAGUUGCCCAAGAAACGAGGGACCUUCAUAGAAUUCCGCAGUGGAAUGUUGAACAUCUCUCCCAUUGGUCGAAGCUGCACCAUGGAGGAGCGAAUAGAAUUUUCAGAGCUGGACAAGAAAGAGAGGAUCCGAGAGAAGUUCGUAGCUGCCCUGCAGAGGGAGUUUGCUGGCAAGGGCCUGAGGUUUUCCCGAGGUGGCAUGAUUAGCUUUGAUGUCUUCCCAGAGGGCUGGGAUAAGCGCUAUUGCCUCGAUAUCCUUGACGAGGAAAGAUUUGAUAUCAUACAUUUCUUUGGGAACGAGACAACUCCUGGUGGGAAUGAUUAUGAAAUCUAUGAUGAUCCUCGGACAGUAGGACACAGCAUCCAGUCUCCCCAUGAUACCGUCCAGAGGUGCCGGGAGAUCUUCUUUCCAGAAACCGUGAAUGAAUCUUGACUCACAGGCUUUCUGCUGCUAUUCUUCACCACUCUAAGAAGACCUUCACUCACUUCAUGAAAGCACCUUCUGGAUCCUCUCAGGGCUCCUCUGAGCCCAAAGGUCAAAAUGCACUUUGAAAACAGAUUGGCGUGUCAAAGGAUGAUAGUUCUGAAUCAUUAGUAGCAGCACCUCUUGGGAUUUGCAGAAUCAAAAUGUUGGUGCCCAUCUAUACACACACACCCCAAAGAAAAAACAGGGUAUAGUUUUAUUCUUAAAGGGAAACACAUGGUAUUCUUACUAAGGCCUUUUGGGGUAAGACAAUCAUCAUGGCCUAACCUCCCCCCACAUUCUUACAAACUAAUAUAUUUCUGAGAUUAAGGUCUGUAAAGAUUAUUUUUUUUAAAAGAAGGAGUCCUUGGGUUUUCAAAAUUUGGGACUUGUUGCAUAUUUUUAUAUUGCUGAAUAGUCAAGAUGGUCAGCAAAACUGGAUUUAAACAAACUGUUAUUUUAAAAGUAAGUAAUGGCCCUGAUCCAUGUCUAAUGAUGUGAUGUGCAUUGAAACAUCCUAUCAAAAGCAACAAGAUGUAGUCCAGGGCAUCCUUGCUAGGAUGCAGGUCUGAUUUACACCUGUGGUUCCUGAGCUAGCAAGCGAUGCAUUUCUAGAAUGCUGCUUCUUCACAUGGAUCUCUCUAACUGAACUGGAAUGAAUCAAGAAUGCUGCUAUUUUCUUAAACAAAUCAAAAAUUUAAGCUACUUUAAUUGAAUCAAGUCUCAACUGGUCUGAGAACACCCUUAGGGAGGUAGCAGCUUUAGGCUGUAACAGAAAAGAAUAGGGAAUGUAAGAACUUGUUUUAAAAAAAAAGCCAUUGUUUGAAUUACAUGUUUAUUUGGCACCAUUUAAAAGGUGUUGGUGUUAAAGGUAGUUGAGGAAUAGAACUGUUCGCAGACUGCAUUCCAGACAUGCUGACAUAUUAAUGACUCCAGGUGAACGAAAUAGGAUUAAUUUAUAGGGAAAUGUUUACAGUUGCUGCAACUUUUCAUCUUUGCUUCACCACUAAACGGUUAACCUGGGUUUUGGUAAUGCAGUUUGCUUCCAGCCUUGUCUGCAUAGGAAUAUUAAAUUCUGAUUAGCUGAACUGCAAAAAGUGAGUAAACUUUAGUGGGUAUAGCCAAAUUGUCACAAACAUAAAUCUGGUUUAAAGGUAUCUACGUGUAAACCCUGUGUGGAACACUAUUAACAUAGACAAAAAUUGGUUUUUAAAAUGUAAGAAUUAUUCUGUGGGUAAUUCUAUAUCCAUCCAAGCUUUCUUUACUAAUUCUAAAGAAAUGGGGGAGGGGGGGAUUGGCUGCUGUAACACAGCAAGGUGAUUUUAAAGAAAAACUAUGACAAGAAUGAUAGUUAAGCGCAGAAGCUGCACUCUCUGUGUUGUUGCCUCUCCUUGAAUACUGUCCAGAUAGGAUUAUACACAUUCCACAUACUGUGCUGCAGUCCUUGAUACUGGCUUUUGCCUUUAGAAAAUCUAGCUCCUAGUCCUAAUGUCGUCGUCGUCGUCUUCUUUUUUUUGCUGUCAAAUCACAGACAACUUGUGGCAUCCCGUAGGCCUUUCAAGGCAAGAGGCAUUCCGAGGCAGUUUACCAUUGGGUGCUUUUGCAUGAUGAUCCUGGACCUCUUUGGUGGUCUCCCAUCCAAGUACUAACCAGUGUUGAUGCUGCUUAGCUUCUAAGAUCUGACAAGACUAGGCUAGCCAGGUCAGGGCCAUGUUUGCAUGAAUAGUGUUUUAAAAAAAUAUCGCAAACCUUAACACCAUAGAAUUGUAUGUUGGGGGUUUAAAUCCCCCAAAGGUCUUCAUUGCCUUCUCCAUGUUUGCUCUACUUUCAUCAUUCACCCUACUUCCAGAAAUAUCCCAGACUUCUUAAAACAUUGUGCAUUUAUGAUUGGCAUUGUGGUAUAGGCUAACACCUUCUUAUGCAAAUGAUUCUUAGCAAUAUAUUUAUGCUAUUUCCUGUAUUUUUAAAGCAGGUUCAGCUAUGUUUUCCAUUGUAUUGAGAGUGCUUACACUCUUCAUUGCCAGUAACUUUUGCAAUUACCUAGAAAUUGAGAAUUUAGGCACUGUAACACUUCAAGCAGUUUUGACAUUAGUGAUCAGUGGCCACCAUCAGAAGAGUGUGUUGCACCAAGAGUGUGUUCAUGCGGUUAAGAUGAAAGCUUUCGGGGGGGAAAGCCACAUUUGCAGCAUCUAUGCAGGGCACCCUCCUAUGAAAUACCCGAAGGCUGCCCUUUGCCAUUACCCUCCAUUGUGGAGAACACUUUGAGCUGGUUUUAGGAGCAUGGCAUGAUCACAUGCAGUAAGACACCAAAUGUGUGAUACCUCCUGACACUUGCUACCUGUAAUGCUUACUUGGGUGCCAUAAGUAAGUGAAUAGAUACAUGAAGGAAAGAAGAAGAGGAAGACAGCAAUGAUGGUGUGUGUGUUGCAUCAGUUACAUGUACACUCCUGGAUGUCUGGCUUAUUCAUAACACUGUUUCUUCCUUUUGAAGAGGGUGAUUGUUCAGGCAAUGAGUCUCUUCCUCCUCUCACAUACACACACCAACAUUUAGGUGGCAUACAGAAAGGGGUUUGGGAGCAUAAAUAUGGCUGGAUUUCUAAGGUGGAUAUGUAUAUGUGAAAACCAGGUGUGUAUUGAUAAGCAGAUAAACUGCCGCAUUUUCUGUCCACAAGCUUAUGCUAUAUGGCAGCAAGGUAUUAAAAUUAGACUUAUUUUUUUAAAUAUUGAACAGUCUUAAUGUGAGGCUUCUGUAAUUGUAGAUCAAUGUUUGUGUGACCUGCCCAGAGGUAAAUACAC